ACAAUCUUUUUAUCCUUCAAGCGUUGAAUAGGUAUUAAAUAACAAAAGAAUGAAGUGUUGGGAGUAAACCUAAAGAUGUCUGGCCGUCAUCUUAGCUCAGAAGACCGACGUGAACUUGCUCGUCUCACAAAAAUUUUGUCACAGAAAAUUGUUCAAGUAGUGGUACAGAGCCGCCUUGGAGAAAAAGCAUUCACUAAAUCCAAGACACCAGCUCAAGGAUCAGAAUGGUUCAACUUGGGUAUAGAAGACAUUCCUGACAUCCAAUCCGAGACCAAGAAGGGCUUAGGAGGCCAUCUACCUGAUGUAGGGAAACCCCUUGUUGUUGAGAUUUUGCUAAGAACACCAGAAUCUGAGAGCCUCGUCUUGGAAAUAUGGACACUUGCAAUUAUAGAUGCAUGUGACACUUCCCCUGCAAGAGUCAAUCCUACUAUUUAUAACAGAAUGACGGUGCUGCUAAAGUCUUUGAUUGCAGUUACAAGAAUCACACCUGCUUACAAGCUCUCAUUUAGACAAGGAGCAGAUUCCUUCAUAAUAUGCUACAGGGUUUACCUUGGUGAACCUAAUUAUGAAUGUUUAGGGGAUAAUCCAGUACGUGCACGAUUAGGGCAGGUUACAACUCCUGAAUCAACAAUGUUGUUAAGUGUCAACUACCGUACAAAAAUCACAUUUAGCCCACCCAAUUGCAGCCCUGCACAGGAUGCCAUCAUGCUCAAAAGUGAUCACUUCAAACCAGAAGUGUCCCCCAGACAUUGUCGAAGAGGAACAGAUAGGGGUAACGAUAGUAGUGAGGCAACACAAACCUCAGAUGAUAGUCAGGAUGCAAAUAGAUUCUUCACAGCAUCUCCCCUUGAUCAGCCAUCAACUCCACGAUCUAGAACUAGCAGUGACAGUAGUUGUCGUGGUUAUGUCCAGCAACAGCAGCAGCCAGAACGAAAGGUGUCAGUGGCAUUUGUAGAUGCUAAACCCCCCAAGCCUGAUGACUUUUUUAUGCCUGAAAUACCCUUUUCAAAUUUACUUGCAUCUGCCAUUGAAGUUCCUCAGGAAAAAAAAUUGGAUAAACAAGAUGCUACUCUGACCCCUCAGGAUAAAAAUGCACAGGAAAAAAUUCUUGGGGGUGUAGCAAGUGGGAACCCACAUCCAGACACUGGAGAAAAGGUGGUUAUGACAGCCUCUGAUGGUUCCCAUAAAUCAACAACCUCUGCUCAGUUGAAAGACGAGGCUGACUUCGUAAUGGUUGAGCUGAAAACUCCUUUUGUUCAGCCAUGUGAUACUGAGAACGAUCUCGGUGCUUUUUAUCGAGAGUGCCAAAGUGCUCCACCUCUUCGAAUGUUUGCUGACACUCCUGAAGAUGAAAUUAGUGAUCUCACAGAGCAGCUAUUGAGUUUUGAAGCAAAUGUGGAGGAGUACAACGAACUAGUGAAAUCUUUACAUUCUGACAGUCCAAAUAGUCCUGACUGAGUAGUCAUAAGCUAAGUUCAUUUACAUAAAUAUAGCAGGUAAGAACUAAUUUUUCUAAUUUAAAUUUAACAAAACUAGUAACAUAUGUCAUUAGGAAGUAUAAGGAUUGGCUUUUUUCAUUUUGGUCUGUAUAAAGUGCUAUGUAUAUUGGGAACAAACCAGGACAUGAAAAUAUUUUCUGGUUUAUUGGCAUAUAUUUUUUCCAAGAUUUUAUAACUAAUUUGAGUAAUGAGAUUGCAAUUUGUAUGUAAUUACAGUAGUGUGUAAAAGUUUGUAAUAAAGUGUGCUUUGAUAUUUUUAAUCUGGCUUGUCAUGUACUAGUUGCAACUGUGGAACUUAUAGUCUUCUGUGAAGUCUUCUAUGAAGAUUUCAUAGAGGAGUAUCACUAUAGACAGAUACUAUUGGGAUAAGACAUCGUGCUCAUAAACAACAAUCAGCAAGAGUCAUCUUGAGGGCGUUUAAUUUUCCAAGAUAAUCUAUAAAUUUGCUAGAUGAUUUGGUACGAUUUUAUUGGUCUUCUUGAACUGAGGACAAGGCUUAUCCUAGUUACAGUUUGUGUAUUUCUCAGGUCUUAGUUUUGAGCCAAUUCAUCCAUCAGCAGUUUUCCAGCACAUUACUAGAUGAGAAAAUAAAAACCAUUUCCAGUUAUUUGGAAACUAUUUCAGUCAUAUCAGUAAAAAUAAUAAGUGUCUUCUAUUUUUAUCCAGAUCAGGAGGAACAUAAAUUUUCAAGUGUUCUUUGCCAUAGUCUAGUUGAGAAGUGAAUAGUAAUUUUAGUGGUAUAGGUGGAAAACUAUAUGCUACUGCUUCAGUGAGUUCACAUUUGUUUCAAGAGCAAAAGUUUUCUUUUUUGUCUAAAUUUCAUGCAACUUGGCAUUAGAAUGCUCUUUUGUAGGUUAUUGCCACUAGAUAACUCAGGUCAGUUAUAGUGUAAUUUUUUAUAAUAAUCUGCAUCUUUGUAUUUGGGUUAUUGACAUAAUAGAUAGCAAAAAUUUUGUGAGUAAUUUUCCAUUUGAAAGUAACAACAGUCCAUGCUAUUAACAUGAUUCAGUACUUCAUUCUGACAGUGCUGUGAUUUCAUUUAUUCUGGAACUUUAAGUACUUUGCUGUCUGAAAGCAAGAUGAUCUGUUACUUCUCUGCAUUUUAUUUUACACUUUUUAGAGAAAAGCUGCCUAAGAGUUCCUUAUAGUAAUGCAAGGUCAGAUUCUUAAAUAGAGUUCCUUAAUUUAGUCCAGCAAGUACAGAAUUUUUUGUUUAGAGUUGAUGUUCUUAGUUGUAUAAAGGGCAUCAACUUGUCAUUAUAUGUCUCAUAGUAAAGUAGAACAUCCACCAUUGUAUUGUGGUGGGAUGAUGGUUUCACAACAAUGUGUAUCCUUCCUUAGAGUGUUUGAAUAUUUAGGACAUAAUGUGUAAAAUAGUUAUUUAAAAUUUCUGGAUUAACCACAUCCUUAUCUCAUUCACAUUUUAAGUUUCACUUUUUGCUUCAUACCUCUUGUGUUCUGCCAGAGUGUCUUUAUUUAAUGUGUACUAGGUUGUAAAUAGUGAAAGUUAUUUUAGGAUUUUUUGAUAGCUGAGACAUCAGUAGAUUGAAUGGCAACUUGAAUUUUAGAAAACUAUUGCAUUUUUUAUUUAUUCUCAAAGAUGCACAGUCACUUAUGAAUUACUUCUUCUCUGACAUUUUAUAUUUCUACAAAUGAAGAAGUAGGUACUGAGGAUUUUGUUGUGUGUAAACCCUCAAUUCUCCAAGCAGUACUUUUGGAAUUUAUAUUUGUAUGGGAAUUGUAAACAAAAACACAUUGUAUUCCAUCCAGUAUAUCAUAUUCCUUACUCAGCAGUGAGCAAAACUAGUUGGCAGGUCCUUAAAGUAUGAAUAUUAAUUUAGUCUAAAGCGCAGUAGAUACUUAUAUUAGAAUUGAGGGUACAACCACAUACAAUCAGUUAUAGAUGCACAUUUUACAUUGCACCGAAAACAGUGAUCACUUUGCCAGGCUAUUUUCUCUGCCUAUGAUUUGAUUAUAAUUAUUCGCUUCCACUCUGAAGUUUGUGUAGAUGUGUAUAAAUGUAAAUUAAAAUAUUUGUAAUAUGUCUGUUGAGGCUUGACUGGUUGUGGUAGAGUUUACCUUCCUUUAGUCAUGGUGAUUAUGGUUGGGCUAUUGGGCUAUAUUGAAAGAUGUUAAUAUUUGUUUGUAAAUCUGUAUGCAAGUGUGAGAUUUCAUAGACUACAUACAUUAAUACCUGUUUUUUUCCAAUUGCUAAGGUGCACAUGGGUGGUCAGAUACUGUAUAUUUCUCACCUCAACUUUCAUUUUAGCUUUUUAACCGGACGUGGCUUAGGUUAGAGUUAAUUUGGUAAAAACCUGAAAAUUAUCUGAAGAAUUAUAUUAACUUUCAGACCACUGUCUAUUUUGAGUUUUUAUACACCUGCUUUUAGCAUGAAUUCAAACAUCAUAAAGUUGCUGAAUGACACAUUUGGCUUUGCAUCAGUAAAGAAUUUUUGGUGGAGUUAUUCAUGCCAGUAACUUGAAAAAGGAGAUAGUUACCACCCAUGUUUGCAUACAUGAUGUUCAGAUUCCCUAGCUUUAUGGCUGUGAAGCUUUAGUUUUCUUAGUCAAAUUUUAGUUUAGAUGGAUAAAGGUUUUCCACAAUUAGGAAUCUGCCGUGUGUUUAGACCAGAAGGUAAAAUCUUGUUGGACCGGUAAUUUUUUAUAUUUUUUAUGCAACCUGAAUAACUUGGGAUUGUACGGCUAGAAGUUAAUGCUAUGUUGUAGAUGCCAGCUCUCAGGGACUCAAGGUCAAAAUACAAUGUCACUCACGAGAUCUCUGGUUAAAGAAAACAAAAUCAUUAAAAGGGAACGACAUAAAAAGUGAAUGCCAGAGAUAUUGUUUUUUCUGGUGGAAAUGGAAUUAUUUUUGUAAUUUUUGUAAAUCUCUGGUCAGUUUUAAAGUUGCUGCAGCUGAUUUAAUCUACUUGGUGCACACACAGGAUUUCUGUCCAAAGAAGAUGAGUUUAUCUCGGAGAAGUAACUUUGAUUAGGUACAUAUAGCAUGAAUUUUUCUGUUUUACUUUUAUUUAUUUAUGCUUGCAGGUAAAUAACCAUUCCUUUAGUGCACUGAUGUUCUUUUCCAUGUGGAAAUUUGGGAAUUUUCCAAUGAAAAUUGUUAACAUUUAUGGCCCAGUAUCACUUAUACUUUGCUGCAAAGUUAUUAUGCAGAUGAAAUGUUCGAUGAAAGAUUCUGCUAUUUUAAUUAUGGGGCUGCAACAGAUUUUCAGCACAUGCUUGAAUUGGUUCAUGUUUUAAAGCCAUGCUAUUUUUUAAGUAAAUUUUAUAUAAAAAAAUUUUUAUAUAAGAUAAUUAUUUAUAUAAAAACCAAUUUAUACUUUUUUGUCCACAGCCAUACAUGACUAAUUAUUUUUAAAUAUCUUAUGUUUUUUUUUUAUUUAUUUAUUUUUUUUUAGAAUGAUAACCUUGUUUAACUGUAUUGGUAAGCCUAACUUUAUUUGAACUUUUUACUGCUCCAACAGUUCAUAUGCAAAUAUGUUGCAUACCUCCCUGAAUUUUAAGACAGACUGGUACUGAAAUGCAAAUUUGGAAAACUGAAUAAAAAAAAUGUCCAUACAUAGCUAACAUAAAUAUAAUUAAAUUAUGUAUUAUUAUUACAAAACUUUGUUCAUAAAGGUCUGUUCACACUUGGGUACUAUAGAAGCUAUGUCAUCAGAUAUGUAUAGGUGUGUUCACACUUGGAUACUAUAGAAGCUAAGUUGUCAGAGUUAAUUAAUGUUUCCCUGUUAUCCAGUGGGAUGUACAUACUAGAUACAAUGCUUUAUUGCAAAUUUCACUAACAUAUAUACAGCAAUUAUUUUAGACAUUGUAACAUCUGCCUCUUAUUUGAGUUCAGUGAGGUAUUUUGAGAAACACAGUAUAUGUACUUAUAACAAAGAAAGGAGUUUUUUUCUUUCUAAAUAUAAAUCAGUCUUUGUUUCUUAAACCUUAUCUACACUUGUUGAAGUACUUGUCAGAUGUUUAGUCGCUUCCAUUGUUAACUAGUUCAAUAUUAUGGUAUUAAGAGGCAGUAUAUAGUGUUCCCCUCAUAUUUGUUAGGGAUGGAUACCAGACCCCCCCACAAAUAAUUGAAACCCUAUAAAAACACUUAAAACUGCUUAUUUUGUUUGGUAAAACUAAAGACAAACCCACUCAAAAUGUUUAUACCUGGUUUUUAAAAUAUUUUUAUCACAAAAAGUGCAUUUUUUAUGAAAUUGAUUAAAAAACAGGAAUUUGUGGGUAUUUCUCAUAGGAAAAUACCACAAAUAGGCAAAUUGGUUUGCAUUUAGGGUUUUUGAUGGUCUGCACAGACUGCUUUUUGUAAUAAUGCUGUGAAGUCAGAUCCCUCUCUAUCCAUUACCUUAUUUUCUUUCAAAGUUGCUUGUCAACCUCUGCAGUGAAAAGCCUGUUAGAAGUGUAAGUUAUUGUUAUUUAUUAAUUGCCACAUCACUUUUAGUUGUUUCAUCAUAUGAAAAUGUAUAAUAAAAGAGUAGCUGUUCCACACAUCAGAAUGCAAGAAAACAUUGAAGAAAAUUUUGUCAAAGUUUUUACCAAAACUUAACUUAAUGAAGAUUAAAAGGUUGGUGGAAUGCACCCAGAUUCAGAAUCAUAUACAGUGGUACCUCAUUUGUCGAAAGUUUCCUAUGUCGAACGUUCCGUUUUUCUAACAAAAUUUGUAAGAAAUUUUGUGUCAAUUGUUGAACAAAUACUUGUACUUCGACCCGACUGAGUGUCUCUCGUUUAUACUUGUACUCGGUGGCUUACCCCGUCCCACGAGAAACUGUAUUAACUUGUUUUUUUCCUUUGCUAUACUAUAGCUGACUCUAGCUCAGAUGAUUUUUCUCUUUCAUUACAAUUUGUCCUCUUGCUUUUCACUUACACACUCGACUCACCGGAAUUACUUCUUUUUGUUAUGGUAAAAAAAUACCUAUCAAGUAACACUUGCUGUUUACAAUUUUUUAGCACUGUAAAAGUAACUGAUCCCCCAUCAUGAAACAUACGGGCGCUGCAUUCAGCUUCUGCAUGCCUUAGAUUGUUUGUUUAGACGACUUCCCUGUGAAAAGUUAUUUGUUCUAUCUUUAAUUUUCUUACUUGUGUUCUUUACUUAUUACUUAUGUAUUUGCAAAAUCCUCAUGUUUAUUGGAUUGUAAUCUUAAAUUCUGCCAUUUUGCCAACUUGCUAUUUAAUUGCAAAAUCCUCAUGUUUAUUGGAUUGUAAUCUUAAAUUCUGCCAUUUUGCCAACAGCAAGUUAAUGUAUUGUGGCAUAAUCAGUCACCCUCUUGCACUCAAGAUCCUAAUGUAAACAUGUUGACUGUCACACCCGGAUGCUGGUUACUCUCGCUCCUCUCUAUCUAUCUAACUAACAUAACCACGCACACACACACUAUUGAUUCUUUGAUUAUCUGCGAAAUGUGAAUAAAAUUGAGUUUAUCAACCUUUGCAUACUGCAACCAUUUCAGUUUCCCCAAGUAGAUCCUGUCUCUCCUCCAUGAAUCCCAGCCGGUCGGUCGAAUUUUUAGCUUGUACACAGAAACAAAAUUUUUUCUAAAAUUUUACUUUGUUUAACGUAGUUUUAUUACUUUACACACUUAACUUUUGAACACAUUCGAUUUAAGUUCGAAGUCUGAGGAUGAACCUUACCUAAACCAUGAGUAUAACAUGCCAGUAUUCAGUUUCAUCUUAUGUAUGCUAGCACAUGCAUACAUCUUUCAGUCUCGGAACAAUUAUUUUGUUCUCUAUGAAGUUACCCAAACCUUUCAUAUCUUCACUGUGGUGUAUUUUGUAGGCAUAUAUUCAGAAAAUAAAAUUUAAGCUACUGAAUGCAUAGCUUGUAAGUUAUCCAGUGUGAAUGGUCACAAGAAGCAUGACAGGGUAGCCUAUUGUCUUGUGUGAAUUAGUCCUUUGGCAGUUUCAUUUAAAAGGUUCUGAACAUGACUGCAGUGGAUAUCUAGGUUACCUGAAGCAUGAACAUAAGUGGGUGUUCAAAAUAUAAUGGCAAAUAUAAAAUUUGUUGCAUAUGUGGUGUUAGCCAUAUUAGUGUAUACAUAAGGAAAGACAACUAUUUAGUAUUGAUAACUUUUUUUCAGUUUUCAUAUUUGAAUGGAAGCAACACCUGUUUUGUUAUUCAGGCAUCUCUCUAUUAGAUUUGAUUAUAUACAUAUAUAGGAUGGCAAAUUAGUCCUGCUUGUCUUCCUUCCAAUUUUGAAAAUUUAUGGUAUGUAGGCUGAGCCUGAAAUUUCCUCUUUUGAGUGUUAAUGAAAUCUUAAUUGUAUACAGAAAUUGUGCUGGUAUGGUUGGAAUUAAAAUGUAUCAAAAGUGAUCAGGUAAUAUUGAAAUAAACCUGUACAGUACG